UUAUCGUUUGCAAUGAUGUCACUGCAGAAGCCUCCCCUCAGACGCAGCGCAUCGACCGUAGAAUCGACCAAUCACAGCGGCCCGUUGUUGACUCCGCCCUCCUCUCUCAAUUUACGCUCCUCCCACAACCAGCAGCUGAGCUGCGACACCAUAAAGGAGGGCGUGGUCGCGGUUUCCAAGGAAGCGCAAGGCUCUGCGAAAAGUCGUCAAAACUACGCAUUGACGAAUAUUCAGAACGCAAUGGGUUUGAGCCAAAACCCCGCCCCUUUGAGCCAAAGCCACGCCCCCGUGCACUUUAAACCCGCCCCGACCAAAUCCGCCUCGUCGUCGUCUCUCUACUGCUCCUCGCUUUCCUUUUCCACAUCCAAUCCCAAACUGGCCAAGAACGGCACUAACCUCCAGCUGAAAGAGGAGCAGAUGGACCUCAACAAGAACGACAAGAACCUCCUGAGCAGGAGCAGCUGCGAUUGGCUGGAGGGGAAGGACAACCAGAAGAACCCAACAUUCAGAAGGAGAACCAAGAGCUUUCUCGAGUACCAUCGGGAGGAGGAGGCGUCCAGCAGUCCUAAUAAAGACACACAUGUCGAGGAGAAGCACCUCCUGCCGAAGCUGGAGGCGCAGACGUGGGCUAAAGAGAACCAUGUGGAGGUUCACCUCACGCUCCCACAGAACCACCUGCUCCUGCUGGCCAGCGAAGAGGAGGAGGAGAGUCCAGAACCGGCGGACGUUUACCAGCACGUGCUCCGGCCGAACAACGAGCGCGUGAGCCGCGUCAGAGACGGCCCCAGAGAUGGGAACGUCGCUUCUCCGAGCGGAAAGAUCCAAAUGAUCCCGCCGUCCACGUUACGCCUGGAGCUGAGAGGAGCCGAGGAGUCGAGCGAACGCCCGACGCGACCCGAGAAACAGCUGGAGGACGAGGAGGAGGAGGAGGAGGAGGACUCCAGCUGGACCACGCUGUCCCAGGAGAGUCCGUCUGUGGAAACGCCUCCGGAAACAGGAGUGUGGGAGGAGCCUCGGCUGAGGGAGUGUUUUUGGCGGGAUCAGCCUGACCUGGAGGCGGAGCCACGGGCGAAGGGGGCGUGUCUUCCUGUGCCCUGCUCUAAAGCUCAGACGGAGCGGCCCAGCAGUAUCGUGUCGGACAGCUCUGUGGAGCCCGUUCCUUCGUCCGCCUCGUCACCCUCCUCUUCCUCGCUGUGUUACGAGGCGAUGGGACGCGCCGCCAGUUUCCUCAACAACAACUACCUGGACCUGACGGAGACAUGCGACUCCCGAGAGAAGCGUCGCGAGCGCGAGCGACAGGAGGAGCGCGAGAGAGAGCGACAGAUGAACCGAGAGAGUUUAGGAGCUCACGGCGGCCCGUACAGCUUCAUCAACCACAGAGCUAAAGUCCCAUCAGCCCCUGCAGACACCGUCAUACCCAUCAACGACCUGGACACGCAGGUAACGGCUCUUCGACAG